UGGUGUGCUGAAGGUUGGUCGCGCGUCGGCGCCGCGUUCCACUGGAUUGGGGAAACUCACCAGCUUCAAGAGCGGACGCCGGAGUUGUUCUCUCUCUGCCGAGAUCGACGUACCCCGAUACAUUAUGCAUAAGCAAUCGGACCGACGGAGCGUGAACUGAUAUGCAUAUGCCGCUCUCUCUGCAUUGAAUACCGGAUGCACCGCACUGGGGUGUCGGAUUUUCGUGUUGCCUGCCGGUGGUGGAUGUGACUCGGCGCGAAGAAGUGUUGCGGUGCUGAGUUUCUAUUAAUUUUUUUUGUUUUUGGUUGAUGUUCCUGUUUUGUGAACAAACCAGUGCGUAGAAGUUUCGCUGUGUGAUGCUUUAAAAACAGUGGCAGUUUAACGACUUUGGAAGUUAUGAUUUAAAAAGAAAAAAAAAACAACAAUAGAAAGCCGCCGCCAUGUUGGCCGAAUACUGGCGAUUAGUGAUUCUGCUCGCAGUUCCUCCCAUCCUGUUGACAAUGUCCAUGGAUAUCAAAAAGAGAAAGAUCCAGCAGUACUCGGAAUGGCGACAGCUCUGGCAUCCGAAUUUCGACGACUAUAACAGAGCUGAGGCCAUCGUAGGAGCGGAAAACAACACCAGCACUAAUGUGACAGUGCAGCUGGGUGCAACUGCAUAUCUACACUGCCAUGUACGAAGCAGUGCUGAUAGGGCUCUUGCAGGAGCUGAGCAAGUAUCCUGGAUACGACGAAGAGACUGGCACAUCCUCUCCUCUGGAGUAUUCACGUACACGAACGACGAACGAUUCCAAAUUCUGCACGCGGAAGGCUCCGACGACUGGACACUUCAAAUUAAAUACGUUCAGAAGAGAGACAACGGAUCAUAUGAAUGCCAAGUUUCGAGUAGUGCCGGCUUAGUGUCCCAUUUCGUGAAUUUGCAGAUUGUGGUGCCGGAGGCGACAAUACAGGGCAGUCGGUCCGGAGAGCACCACGUCGAUAUUGGAAGCAUUAUAGACUUAGUCUGCGUCAUUGAAAAGAGCCCAACACCGCCGCAAUACGUAUUUUGGUACCACAACCAGCACAUGAUUAAUUAUGACACCGCCAGAGGUGGCAUCACAGUCGAAACGGUACCAGGACCUCGAACCCAAAGCAGAUUAACCAUACGCGAUACCAAUGAUGCCGACUCCGGAAAUUACACUUGUUCAGCCUCCAACACUGAACCCGCAUCCAUCUAUGUCUUUGUAUCUGAAGGUGACAACGUUGACGCAAUAUUGAUGCGAAAAUCGUGUGCCAUGUGUGUGGCCAGUCAACUUUUUAUAGUCCUAAUAACGUCGUUGACCGCCGCCAUGCGAUAAAGGAAGAAUUAUUAUUGGACGGCAGAAUGUUUUACAGACACUGACGUGUAUAAAAGUGCGAAAAGUGAUAUUUACAUAAACUUUAUUUGUAUACAUUCAAAAACAAUUAUUUUCGAAAUCUAAAUGAAUUUAAAUACCUAAGAAAGUGUUAAAAAUAUAUAAACAUGUGUAUAAAACUUAUCAUUACUGAUGAUGUACUAGCUCUAAGGUUAUAUCUCAAAAUGUAAUAGAAAUAUAUUUAAAAACUUCCAAGCAAAUAUAAAACACGGGUAACCUUCAUUUUUUGUAGGCAUAGGUUCUGUCAGAUACAUAUUGUACUACUAAUUUUACUUCUCACGCAAUUUAAUGUUUAGCGCAUAAAACUUAUCUUGCUGGCGCAGCAUUUAUUGCAAAUACAGAAUCCGGCAAAGAGAAAAGUGAUACGAAACGAUGAAUUUUAAGAGUGUGAUAUAUUUGAAAUUGAAUAGUUGACCCAGAAACUGUAUAAGAGGUUGCCCCAAUUUGCGAAAGUAUCCGCAAUAAAUAUUCUUUAAGAAGCACACGUUUUUUUUCAUAAUAUUGAAUAAAAGAUGUAUCGCAAUCAGCUAACACUUCAGGAUAAAUGUAAUUCCGUAGAUGUAUUUAUUUUUGUAUUUGACCAUUGUAUUUGCUUGGAAUGGACACACACAUCAAUAUGACACUCUGUACAAUAAAAGGUGCAGCGUGACUUGAUAUAUUGUAAGUGUAAUUAAUUAUCAGUGGUGACAAAAAAAUUAAAUGGCACCGCUUUGAUUCUGAAUGAAAUUUUCGACUUACUUAGUGUUUCAGUAACUUUCUUGAAUAAGAGAUGUACAAACACAAAACUGCGUCUCUAUUGCACUAAAUAAUUGUACAUAAUAACUGUCUAUUAUUUAUACAGGGUUAGGUUAAUGUUCUAAAUAAAGUGUAAUAUAAUAACAUAAGAAAAACUAUUUAAAAGAGUUUAAUUUGUUAAAUAUAUAUAUUCUACUAAAGUAAAUUAACACUACGUAUAUCCUAAUUCAAUAUCAAUUCAUUUACAAAAUUGUAACUUAUGAAUAUCUGUUAUUAUCAAAUGUUUAUUCAAACUCUUUUAUUUAGUUUUUACUACAAUUUCUCUUUUCUCUUCCUGAAAAAUCAUCAUCAAAGUCGUAUCAUAGCUGACAGUGUAAUUUUGAUUAAAAUACGUAAUAACAUAAUUUAAUUUAAAAUAGAACAAUGCCAAAUACAUAUUAUAUUUAAUGUGAUUAGCUUUUUUCUAUCACCGCUUUGUGAAAUCUAACGAAUUUGACUUUUUACUCUAAAUUCAUUUAUUUGUUACAUAACAUAAAUAAUUGUUACAUCGAUUUCAUUAAAUUGGACCAAAAAAGAACUAAAAGUCGAAAAUUGUUAAGUUUCACGAUGCUUUACUUUUAUUUAAUAACGUUUUUUACAUUAAUCUGUACAUACUUCCCAGACUUUACAUAAGGUACUCGUAGUUAGUAAUUUGUUAUCAUUUUAAAUUUUAUGAAUCAAUGUAAAAUGUAAACGAAAUGGUAUAAUUAAAAAUCAAAAUUUCAGUU